AGUGUGUGUUCUCGGGUUCGGUUUAAAGUUUUUUGGGCAGUCUUAAACUUUCUGGGAUUCCGCCUGAAAGUUUAAGUCCCUUUGUUGGCUUUAAACUGACCCCAGGAACACAGAGACGUCAAAUUCACGUGAGGCAAGUUUACCCAUGUUUAUCUUGUGUCGUACCUAGACGGAGUAUCCAAAGUAACUUUCGAAGUAUCCCUAUACUUCGUCUCAGCUCUCUGGAAACUCAGAUCGCAUACGAUGUUUGGGCCACCUGUGUAUUUAUUUAUCUAGCUUGUUAAUCGGGCUCCUUUUUUUGUCUUGUUUUGUUUAAAAAAAAAAAACUUGUAUUGAUGGCUGUGGGUGUGAUACCGUGCUGUAUGCCAGCGUUACAGUUCCCUGCUUCAUAUGGUGAACUCGCACGUUUGGAUAUGUUGCACAGCUAUGGAUGUAUUAACAAUACAGUUUUUUGGUUUUUAGAUGGAGCACUGUCAGUGUUCAGAUCCUUAACACUUCCAACUGCUAGCUUUGCUGAAGGUAGAAGUAUUCAGCUCCGUACUUGUAUUUUAUCCCGAAGGACAAAGAAUCGACAGGUUUUUACUGGUCUUGACACCUAUCAGAUCUUGAAAGCUGUCGAAUGAAAGAAGUGUCUGCGCAGGGUUAAGAUGAAUCGCACAUAGUGCCCUGAAUGGUCAAUUGCGCGUGGAUAAGCAGACCUACAAUUCUAAGACAUGAUGAGUCUUCUAACAGAAAGAGGGAUUCCUAGCUUAAAAAAUCGGACUGAGGAUCCACAAGAAGGAGAAGAACUUAGCCAACAGGUCUAUUACGCAAUUGCCAGCGUGUAUGCUCUCCUUGCCGUAAUAGGAUUCAUUUUUAAUACUCUUGUUCUUGUUGCAUUCGCAAAGGACAGCUCCCUUCGUUCCCACUCAAACAUUCUUAUCCUUAGCAUAGCUGUCGGUGACUGGAUACAAGCAGUGGUAGCAUAUCCUUUGGGAAUUGUUGGCAUUUUAACAAAAAGCUGGCAAAGCACGGGAACGUCUUGUGUAUGUUACGGCUUCAUGGUGACAUUUUUAUCUUUCGGCACCAUGCUACACCACGCUACUUUCGCCAUUGAGCGCGCCAUCGUGAUAAAGUUCUCUUUCUCGUUUUCCAUCGUCCAAAAGCUAAAAUACAUCAUCGUUGGACUUUGGUUGUUUUCCUUAAUUUGGAGCACCUUGCCUUUGAUUGGCUGGUCAGGGUAUGCCCCUGAGGGAGGACGCUCGGUUUGCUCGAUUGAUUGGCAAAAUUCUAGUCCAAGUGCUAUUGCCUACAUUUGGUGCAUCUUCGUUCUCUUUUUCAUAGCUCCUUUUACAACCAUGGUUACCGCAUACAGCUCUAUCUACCGCAACGUCAAAAUGAUGACUCGAACUGCGCAUAAUACGUGGGGAGAGAACGCUGCUCCGACUCUAGAAACUGUUUUAGCAGAGUCAAAAACCGCAAGAAUGGCAUGCAUUAUGUCAUUUUGUUUCUUGUUUGCAUGGACACCAUAUGCCGUGGUAUCACUCUACGCGGUCAUACUAGCACCGGAGCCUGUUAUAUCUCCCUUGGUGGCCACCUUACCCGCUCUCUUCGCUAAAACAGCACCGUGGUACAACCCGCUUAUUUACUUCCUGCUGUUUAAGAAAUUCCGCUCCAGUCUCAGAAAGGUGCUCAGUCCAUUUCCAAUAUGCAAGCGGUUUAUCCGACAAGAGUCAAGUGCGGAGAACAUGGAGGUCAUCUCAUCUUUAACAGGAUUUCGUGAUAAAGAGAACACCAGAAGGAAGUAAUUUUUAUUAACACGGAUUCGGGCUGUCGCCACCAUCUAAUGAUAAAGAGAAACAGUACUUUUUGUCUCAACAUUUUGUGAAAAUGAAUAAGCAAGAGAAAUUACCUUCCAGGGACCUUCCAGGGUCACGAAACUUGCGUUCAGUUGUGUUGUCUUUAUUUUGUAAACGAAAGCCUAGCAAUGAUUUACUCUCGGACAAUACCGCCGGGCUUGCUGAUGUAAUGUGCCGUAUGCAAUGUGCCGUAUGCAAUGUGCCGUAUGCAAUGUGCCGUAUACCUCAGAAACCAGGCUGGAUUAAUUCUCUUUUCGACAUGACAAACCUUGGGCAGCACUUUUAUCCUUCUCUUUUCUGUUCAUUUAAAUCGAAUUUGCCAUGCCAAUUCCAAGGUAUUGAGCCGCAAUACCUAAAAUGCAAAAAAAAAAAAAAGGUCUGAAUAUCACCUGAUUAUCUCCCUUCUUAGACCUCUGUUCCCAUGAGGACCGGAGCCGAUAGACGGGUGUCAAGAAAAAGUUGAACUUACUCGUCCAAGAGAUACUUCAGCCAGUUCAGGUUUAUCCCGGAUCGAAUCGUACGUAGCUUUUAUUAUUCUAGAAACAAACAUUCUUCGGAAUAAGAGAUCCAUAUCUUACCCGGAACUAUAGACUGGAGAAGAAAUAAAUAUAUGUUAUAUACCGGGUAGCAGGUCUGUAUGGAUAAAAACUGUGCCCGAUGUAUUAGCCAAGCACCGAACUCACUGAAGACCGAGGGCAUAGUUGUUCCCCAUACGGACCGACCUCAGUAGACUGGAAAGUGACUUAUUUCUUUGUUUCUGCUGGUUUCUUUUAUUCCGCUUUGCUACGAAUGGCGCAAAUAGAAUUUCGUCCAUGGUCCUUAUUAUAAAAAGCUUAAGCGGUUAUGAGCAUGUGCUGAGCCAAUCGGAUUCGUGGCUUUAAGAUUCCGUCCCGCAGUGAUGCUACAGAAAAAAAAUGAAAAUUUGUCUCCACGAACUGACAUGUGGUGUUUUAUUUAUAAUAUUGAUAAUAGUUACAUGCUUUAAGUUAGAGACAAUUUUAACAAACUGAUCAUGACACAAAUACAGAGAUCGCCUGCUUUUAAAUUGAGGUCGAAGAAAAAUUUCAACCCCUGACGUUAAGAUAAAAUAGCUAUUCAUCAUCGAUAAUAAUGUUAGUAAAUUUCUAAAAGAAAAAAAAACUUUGCGAAAUGCAUGUCGAUAGACCGUUUAGCAUGACUAAGUUGCUAUCUUUACGCGUGAGGAAAUGACAUAUUUUCCAAACAGAAGGAAAUCUGGUAUUUCAUUAAUACCUACCUAAAUAGAGGAUAUCCGGCAUCGCCCCCGGUGACUAUGCAUUUUUUGAGAGCUAUAUCAACACGAAAUGAUAAAGUUGCAUGUAAAA